AGAUUCCAGAAAUGUGAAUACGCGAAAACCAAGUUGUUCAGGACUGAAGGGCGUGGUUGGGGUCUUUUAGCUGAUGAGAAUAUAAAGGCUGGACAGUUUAUCAUUGAAUACUCUGGAGAAGUGAUAUCAUCUGAAGAAGCGAAGAAAAGGUCUCAGGCUUAUGAAGCUCAUGGGCUUAAGGAUGCGUACAUAAUUUCUCUGAAUGCUAACUAUUUCAUUGAUGCCACCCGGAAGGGAAGUUUUGCAAGAUUCAUAAAUCAUUCUUGCCAUCCAAAUUGUGAAACAAGGAAAUGGACAGUGUUAGGGGAAACAAGGGUAGGAAUAUUUGCAAAGCAAGAUAUAUCUGUUGGAACGGAGUUGGCAUAUAACUAUAAUUUUGAGUGGUAUGGGGGUGCAACUGUUCGUUGUCUAUGUGGAGCUGCAAACUGUUCUAUAUUUCUGGGUGCCAAGUCUCAAGGAUUCCAGGAGUAUAACCAUGUUUGGGAAGAUGGGGAUGUCAGAUAUUCAGUGGAGGAAGUUCCACUUUAUGACUCGGCAGAAGAUGAACCUUUUCCAGUGAUUUCUGGAAGUGGAACUAGUGGAGGAAAUGAGCACACUACGUGCAAGUUGGAACUAAAUGCUGUGGAACCCCAUUAUUCAGCUCCACCCGGCAGCAUCGAAGUAAAAGCAACGACGACUGAGGUGAAUGAGCAGGGUCAGUUGUAUCCUAUAGAUAUCCAGCAACAAUUUCAGCAGGCAAAUCCAAUAUCUCGCAUCCGAAGUAAUAGCACAUCUAGAAAUUAUAAUAUUGGAUCUGGUUCAACACCAAAGAAGAAGUCUCAGCAUAUUCCCAAGCGAAAGGUCAAAUCUUCCAACCGUAAGCAAGUGAAUGAUGCCGAUUUUGCUGAAAUGUUUGCAUCAAAGGAAGCACAGGAAGAAGUUACUAAGUACGAGGGGAUAAAAAAUGAAGCCGCUUCGAAGCUCAAUUCCAUAUAUGAUGAAAUUCGCCCUGCCAUUGAAGAGCAUGGGCGGGACAACCAGGAUAGUGUGCCCACCAGCGUAGCAGAGAAGUGGAUCGAAGCAAGCUGCUCCAAAUACAAGGCAGAUUUUGAUUUCUACUUUUCUGUGAUCAAGAAUGUGAUGUGCCCUCGUCCAGCAACCAACGCUGAUGCAGCGGGGCCUUCUGAAGGAGGAGCCGAACCUCAAACAGCCAAUGCUGAAGUCAAGCCUUCUGAAGGAGAAGCUGAAUGAAGUAUUUGGCAAAUCAAUGAACUUUAAAUCUGGUAUUUGAUACCAUUUGAUCUUGAAACAAUUUCGGACAAAUUCCUGUUGUAAGUUAGGCUGGACAUGGAAACUUAGGUUUUUACCAAACUAGACUUUGGUUGCUUAUCUUGCAGUCUUUCUCAGAGUUUGAAAACUAAAGGUUCAGGACAUGGAAACUUAGGUUUUACCUAAUAUGAUGGUUGGACAUAUCAUACUAUAUUUUUGAUUGAUCUCUAUGCUUCUCUACCCCUCUUA